AUGAAGGCUCUUGUCGGUGACGAGUCCAGCGGCUACCGGCUGGCGGACGAUUUCGAAAUUCCCGUCCCAGGACCAGGCAUGAUGCUUUGCCGGGUGCAUGCGGUCGCCCUCAGCCCAUACGAUGCAAAGAUUGUAGACUAUUCAAAUACGCCCGGUGCAGUGGGUGGCUGUGACUUCUCUGGUAUUGUUGUUAGGGUGGGCGAAGGCGUUACGCGGUUCAAGGAGGGCCACCGCGUCCUCGCCGUGACCUUUGGACUCAACGCCGCAGACAAGACAGCCGGCGCUUUCGCCGAGUACGCGCUGGCGACUGAGGACCUGAGCUGCCAUGUCCCCGACAACUUGACCUUUGAGCAGGCAUGCUCAAUGGGACUUGGUAUUGCUACUGCUGGGCUCGCCCUUUUCCAAGCCCCCGGGCUACACCUGCAAAUGCCGCGACCCAAGCCAACCUCUGAUGAUGAGAACAUGCCUUCGUUUGUUCUUGUCUCGGGGGGUGCAACGGGCACCGGGACGAUGGCAACCCAGUUGUUGAAGAUCGCCGGUUAUACACCCAUAGUCACAUGCUCCCCCGCCAACAAUGCCCUGUGCGAGAGCUACGGCGCUGCAGCUUGCUUCGACUACCGUUCGUCCACAUGCGGAGCCGACAUCCGCGAAUACACUGCCAACAACCUCGCCUCUGUCUUCGACUGCGUGACUGAUGCGCCGACAAUGCGGAUGUGCUAUGAGGCCAUUGGCUCUUCCGGUGGCACCUACGUUGCCCUCGAAGCACCUACCCAAGUCGUCAAAUACACGCGGAGGGAUGUCCGUGCCGACUGGCUGAUGACUCCGACCAUUACGGGAACGCCAGUGGUGAUUCCGGGCACGUACGGGCGCCCUAGCACACCCGAGCAUAGAAUAUUUGGGGCUGAGUUGUUCCUGCUGGCAGAAAAAUUGUUGCAGGAGGGCGGAAUCAAGAAUCAUCCUUUGGAUAUUAGGGAGGGGGGCUUGGAGAGGAUUCCUACGUAUGUGAAUGAUUUGCGUGUUGGGAAUGUACGGGGUAAGAGGAUGAUCGUGCCGUUGGUUGGUGCUUAG